AUCACACAGAGAAAUAAAAAAAAACUGAUUCAAUGAAGCUUAUCGACAGGUUUUAAUCAAUUGUGGUUCAGUUUUGUGUUUUAUUUACGUCUGAUUCGUAAAACGCAAAAGUUCACACUAGAAAUUUGCUCGUUCGCGAAUUAAAUAGCAAUUAAUAAACACAAUUACUGAAUCAUAAUUGUGCUUCUUGUUUCAAAUCAGUACAAAGUUCAUUGAAUAGAAAAACCAAAAUCACAACAAUGGUGACUGGUUCAGCAGAUAUGUGGAAUCGUGGCAUUUUCUUGGCACUAAAAUAUGCACUGCACUUAAUUGCAGCUGUUCAUUUUUGGUAUGGCAUAUUCUUUGACUUUUUAUACGUGUAUCCACCAAAAGACCAUCCCGCAUACAAGCCAUUGACAAGUUUCGGUGGAAAAUUUCGAUAUUUAACAAUCCUCGGAGCGAUUGUCCAAGCCAGCUAUUUUACACUUUGUGUGCUCAACGAUGUCAUUGGUACAAAUGAAAAUUACCCAAAACGGCCAUCAAAACUGCGUAAACUAAAGGACUAUAUUUUUGCAACGUUCGCUUUUCCAUUGGCCAUGAAUGUAGCCAUUUCAUUUUGGUCGAUUUAUGCCAUCGAUCGUGAAUUAAUUUUGCCUAAAUCAUUCGAGUCGUUCUUCCCAAAUUGGUUGAAUCAUGUGAUGCAUACGAAUAUUGUCUUCUUCAUAUUGUUGGAGUUGCUUGUGUCAUUCCGUCAAUAUCCAGCUGGCAAAAGUGGUUUCAUCGGUCUACUUGUUUUCAAUAUCUUUUACGUGAUUUGGAUUCAUAUCAUCAAAUUCAAGACGGACCGUUGGGUGUAUCCGGUUUUAGAGGUUCUAAAUUUACCACAACGCAUUGGUUUCAUCUUAUUCAUUGGCAUAUUUGGAAUCAGUUUUUAUUUUGUCGGUGAAUAUGUGAACAAAAGAGUUUGGGCCAAUGAGCUAAAAUCGAACAAAUCAAGUAUUCAUAAGCACAAAUAAAUCAAUUUGUUGCAAGGAAUACCAUUUUUUACAUUUGCAUUAGCCAGUGCAAGUUUUAAAAGUUACCAAAAUCAUGUCACAAAUUCAAAAGCAAUUUGAACAAAAAAAAAAGAAAUCGAUUAUUGUGCAAUCCAUUUUACUUGAUUCCAUUUUCCAGUUUAGUAGAUUUUUUUUCUUUGUAAAUUUUUUGUGUUGUAAAUUAAAUCGGGAUGGAAUUAUUAAAAUAACAAAAGAGAAAAAACCCAA